GCGCCUCCCCGCCUCAGCUGCGAUGCAAAUCCAAGCUGGACCUCCCCGUCCCCAAUCCGAAUACGGUCUUGUCGAGACCCGACCCCCUAUUGCUGGCCGCCUUGGCUACCGAGGUCGCGACAAGAUUUCCUCCACCUACGAUCUCGUCCUCCCGAUGGAGUUCCUCUACGUCAACGUUGUCAAAGCCCGCGAUCUUCCACCCAUGGACAUCACCGGCAGUCUUGAUCCCUACGUUGAAGUGAAACUGGGGAACUACAGGGGCAUCACCAAGCACUUGGAAAAGAACCAAAACCCCGUCUUUAAUCAGACCUUCGCUUUUUCGCGGGAGCGCCUUCAGGCCAGCCAGCUUGAGAUCACUGUAAAGGACAAGGAUGUUGUGAAGGAUGACUUCGUCGGCCGUCUCCUACUCGAUCUUAGCGAAGUACCACAUCGUGUCCCUCCUGAUAGUCCCCUGGCUCCCCAGUGGUACCGUCUCGAGGACAAGAAGGGGGAAAAGCUUAGGAAGGGUGAGAUCAUGCUCGCAGUUUGGAUGGGAACACAAGCCGACGAGGCCUUCCCAGAGGCGUGGCACUCUGACGCCCACUCCGUUGGGGCACAAGUCCUCGCUCACACACGCUCUAAAGUCUACUACUCACCUAAACUCUGCUACCUCCGCGUCCUUGUGAUUGAAGCACAGGAUCUGGUGCCUUCAAAUCGCACCCGCCUCCCGGACCCUGUCGUCCGCCUUCAACUUGGCCAACAGCUCCGCACAACCCGACCAUCACCCACCACACGGUCCGUCAAUCCAGUAUGGAACGAAGAGUUUAUGCUCGUAGCUUCCGAGCCCUUCGACGAACCCCUCGUCAUUACGGUCGACGAUCGUGUUGAUGCAAACAAGAUGGAGCCCCUUGGCCGGUUCAUAUUCCCCGUCCUCGCCGCAUUGCAGCGCACCGACCACAACAAACCCAUGGAAGCUCAGUGGUUCAACCUUGCUAAGCCCAGCAGCAGCGGCGGGGAGACGGAAAAGAAGGAAUCCAAAUUUAGCAGCAAGAUACACUUAAGAAUCUUUCUGGAUAUCGGCUACCAUGUGCUCGAUGAAUCUACCCAUUACAGCAGUGACCUCCGGCCCACCGCGAGGCAUCUAAGGAAACCAAGCAUCGGGAUUCUGGAGCUGGGCAUUCUAGAUGCCCGUAAUCUGAUGCCAAUGAAAGCCAAGGAGGGCCGCACUACGGAUGCCUACUGUGUGGCAAAAUAUGGGCCAAAGUGGGUGCGUACAAGAACACUACUCGACACGCUCAAUCCAAGAUGGCAUGAGCAGUACACUUGGGAAGUAUUUGAUCCCUGUACGGUAAUCACCAUCGCUGUCUUUGACAAUUGUCAUAUCUCUGGCAACAAGGAGGAUGCCAAGGAUCAGAGAAUCGGCAAAGUCCGAAUCCGGCUGUCAACGCUGGAGGCUGAUCGAGUGUACUCGCACUACUAUCCUUUGCUGGCUUUGCAAACCUCUGGACUGAAGAAGACCGGCGACCUCCACCUCACCGUUCGUUUUACCUGCACGGCAUGGGUUAAUAUGGUGGCGCUCUACGGGAAGCCGCUUUUACCUAAAAUGCAUUAUGUGGAGCCAAUCCCUGUCAUUCAAUUAGACAUCUUGCGGCAUCAGGCAAUGCAGAUUGUAGCUGCACGGCUAGGCCGGGCGGAGCCGCCUCUACGGCGUGAGGUCGUGGAAUAUAUGCUAGACGUGGACUCUCACAUGUGGAGCCUUCGCAGAAGCAAAGCCAAUUUUUACCGCAUCACCUCUCUCCUCUCCGGCGUUGGCGCGGUUGUACGUUGGUUUGAAAGCAUUCGCAACUGGCGCAACCCUGUCACGACCAUUCUCGUCCACAUACUCUUCUUGAUCCUCGUCUGCUAUCCUGAGCUAAUUUUACCCACUAUCUUCCUCUACUUGUUCAUGAUUGGGAUCUGGAACUAUCGUAUUAGGCCUCGGCAUCCGCCACACAUGGACACGAUGCUGUCCUACGCCGAGCGAGCACAUCCAGAUGAGCUUGAUGAGGAAUUUGACUCAUUUCCGACGACAAAGCCAACGGACAUUGUGAGGAUGAGAUAUGACCGACUGCGGAGCGUGGCUGGGCGGGUGCAGACGGUGGUGGGUGACCUGGCUACUCAGGGGGAGCGGGCACAAGCCAUUCUCAGCUGGAGAGACCCUCGCGCCACUGCUAUCUUCAUAAUGCUGUCUUUGGUGAUCGCCGUCAUCUUGUACAUUACUCCUAUUCAGGUUGUCGCAGUAAUAAUCGGGCUAUACCUUCUUCGCCACCCCAGGUUCCGGAGCAAGAUGCCAUCCGUGCCGUAUAAUUUCUACAGGAGAUUGCCGGCCAAGUCUGACAUGCUGCUUUGAGUUUGCCGGAGAACUUUUCCAGUGAUCUUAUUAUAUUUUAUUUUAUUUUGGAAUCUUUAAUUUGAUGCAUCCUGGGUUCAAAGUUGAGUUUUGACAAAAAGGCCAGGCAUCAUUUCUAUCUCGUAUAUUUGAUGCUGCAUCCAUCUUUUAUUUGAAAGUGUUGGUGAUGUUUUGGUAA